AUGUUCUACAGAACUUUAUCAUCGCUACAAAUUCUAUUUAUAAUGGCAAUCUUUUGUCAAGUAAAUAGCAUAGAAGAUGGAUAUCUCACAUUUGUGAAGGACGCUUGCUAUAUAAAGGGAGAAGCAUUAUCUUGUAUGAAGUAUCGAGCGUUAAAAAUUGCCACAAAUACAUUUUUUGGUGAUCUGUAUACUAAUGAGACGAUUAGAGCAAGCAAAACGAUAAGCUUCGUACCUUUAGAUGAAGAAACAUCAAAAUCUAUCGCAACCAACGAGGAAGAAGAGUUCCUAGUAAAAGGACCAAGAAGCAUUUUAUCAGAGUGGUCGGAGUUUGCCAAGUAUUUAAUAAAAUUAGUAAAGGUGUUCUUUAAAACUAAAGGAUUAAAAGUAGAUCUUCCUGACGGUGCUAGGACGAUUGAGGAGCCAGACAACGAUGAUGGUAAGUCUAGAGGCAAAAAGAAAAAACUGGCGAUCAUGAUUCCCCUCCUGAACCUACUAGCGACAUUGAAGACCAAAGUUCUUCUUAUCCCUAUUCUUCUUAUUGUGUUAUUGAUAAAGAAGCUACUCUUAGUGGCUGCUGUACUGCUUCCGAGUCUACUCAGUACAUUGAAGUCCUGCAAGCACCAUCAUCCCAUGACGCACUAUUCAUCAUACUUCGAUGGAGGAUCCUCGGACUUCAACUCGGAUUACGGCAGCAAUUAUGCUUAUUCGUCGAGUGGCGGUUAUGGAAAAGACUUCGCCAACAGGGCGUAUUUACUACCAAAGCACAGGCCAACACCCGCCUCUAUGUAUAUUACUGCACCUGGAACAACCGCUUAA